UAACACAUUGCUUGUUUAUCUGUAAACCUGAUAUAUUUGCAUAGUGGACUAGUACCUAAACAUCUCGAAAAACGCCAUUCCGUCUCAGAUAGUCGAGUGAACUGCAGGAAUCUUUGACUCUUAAAUAUGGGUGAAUUAAAGUAUUUACACGGCUUCGGCUCCGAAUUUUCCUCAGAGGACCCUCGAAGACCCGGGGCCCUCCCAGUCGGUCAGAACAGUCCCCAACGCUGCCCGUACGGACUGUACGCUGAACAACUGUCUGGAAGCGCCUUCACUGCUCCCAGGAACGAGAAUAAGAGGUCUUGGCUUUACAGGAUCCGUCCCUCCGUCGUGCACAAGCCAUUCAAAAGGUCCUCGGUCACCAAGUAUCUCACUCACAACUGGGAUGAACAGCACCCUGAUCCAAAUCAGUCCCGUUGGCUUCCAUUCGACAUACCGUCGUCUCCUGUGGACUUCGUCGCUGGCCUUCACACGGUCUGCGGCGCUGGAGACCCGAAAGUAAGAUGCGGCAUCGCCAUACAUGUCUACUUGUGCAACACGUCUAUGGAGAAGUCUGCCUUUUACAGCAGCGAUGGGGACUUUCUGAUUGUGCCCCAACAGGGGAAAUUGAAGAUAACGACAGAAUUCGGCGUGAUGGAGGUGUCGCCGAAUGAAAUCGCGGUCAUACAGCUGGGCAUGAGGUUCGCCGUGGCUGUUGAAGGUCCUACCAGAGGAUACAUACUAGAGGUUUUCGGUGGCCAUUUCACGCUCCCGGACCUAGGUCCAAUCGGUGCGAACGGACUCGCCAAUCCCAGGGACUUUCAGACUCCUUCGGCGAACUAUCAGGAUCGAGUAAUACCCGGUUUCAAGAUAUACAACAAGUUCCAGGGCGCGCUGUUCGAGGCGGAACAGGGCCACUCUCCGUUCGAUGUGGUGGCUUGGCACGGCAACUAUGUGCCCUACAAAUAUGACCUGAGCAAGUUUAUGGUCAUCAACUCUGUCUCCUUUGACCAUUGCGACCCAUCCAUCUUCACGGUGCUGACAUGCCCGUCCACGAAGCCUGGUACAGCCAUAGCAGACUUCGUCAUCUUCCCGCCGAGGUGGUCGGUGCAAGAGCAUACGUUCAGACCGCCUUACUAUCAUAGGAACUGUAUGAGCGAGUUUAUGGGCUUGAUUUUGGGCUCGUAUGAAGCCAAGGCUGGCGGGUUCCUGCCCGGCGGGGCCUCGCUCCACUCCAUGAUGACCCCACACGGGCCCGAUGAUAAAUGCUUCAAUGGGGCUUCCAACGCAGAACUUAAACCAGAGAAAAUUGCUGUCGGGACUCAGGCGUUUAUGUUCGAGUCGUCGCUCAGCAUGGCGAUCACCAAGUGGGGGGCGGAGACCUGCCAGAAGCUGGACCCCAAGUACUACGAGUGCUGGCAGAACCUGCCCAAACUGUUCUCUGAUAAAAUAUACGUCUGAAAUCUUAUUAAAUACUCUUUUCUUACCAUGUAUUUAAAGAGAAAUGACUUUUCAAUGUAACUUUAGAUCCAAAAAGAAGUAGUGUUGAUAGGAUGUAUAAACCUUCUUAUUCUUUGUCAUAAGCCUAUAUAAUAAUAAGUUGGACAAUAAUUUUACAAUUGGCAAAAUAUUACCAUUUUUUAAAUUUUGUGUAUCUAAGCUGAACGUGGCCUAUUCAAGACUAUUGGCUCUGUCUACCCCGCAAGGGAUACAGACGUAAUUAAACAAAUAUUAGGCCAAAGUUCUAUGUUCAAUAAAGAAUGACAGUAACUUGCAAUUGUAAAAAAACUUUUAUUCAUGAUUAAAUAAAAUACUUUGCAUUUUU